AUGGAGCAAGACCUGACAGCGUUUUUACAGGAGAUGAGAAGGAGAAUGGAGGCAAUGCAGGCGGAAAUUGAAACCCUUAGGGCCGAGCGUGAUGCGGCCAGAGGGGCGCAAGCUAAUCAUCCAUCUUCCGCACGCGCCCAAUCACCACCAAUUGUAGAGAUGUCAGAAACCAAGCCAGACUCAGAAGAGGACACAGAUCUCAUUCCUGAUAAUUAUUAUCACGGAGAGGAGCAGUGUGAGCCUGGCUCGCAGCGGACCGCAAACCGUCCGGCCCUGGCCGGUCGGGCUAGAGCGUUGCAUCCGUUCACGGCUGCAAUCAUGGAAGAGCAGAUUCCGGAGAGAGCAUUUCCGGUCCUGGAGAAGUAUGAUGGGUCAGGGGACCCAGAGGAACAUUUGAGAUCCUUUGUUGACGCCAUGACUAUUUACUUGCCCAGGGAAAAUGUGUGGUGUAGAGUUUUUUUGUUGUCAAUAAAGGGAGAAGCGUUAGCAUGGUUCCACUCGUUGAGGCCUCGAACCAUCAAUAACUUUGCCACUUUAAGAGAUAUGUUCGAGCGGCAGUUUUCGGCUGGUAGAGCGCGAAAUCUAACAUAUAUGGAGUUAACCAACAUAAAGCAGGAGAAGGGAGAGAGUCUCAAGGACUUCAUGGAUAGGUUCAAUAGAACCGCACGAACCCGCGUUAACCCUGGACGAAUUGCAAGAGAGGGCCGCUCGGUUCAUCAGAAUAGAAGAAAUGAGGGCGGUCCAGAGGCGAUAGCAAGAGCAAAACGCGAGUUCAGGGCAGGAGAAAAAGGAGGGCAAGAAACCGUUCGUACCGGGCGAGCGGUCGAAGGGCCCGAGGUAAGACCCUCCCGGUCAUCACCUAAGGCAGAUGGAACCAAACAUUGCACCUAUCAUCUAAACAUAGGGCAUAACACCGAGGACUGCACGGUGUUGAAGGAUAAGGUGGAAGAACUGAUCCGAGCGGGUCAUCUUAGGAAGUUUGUUAAGGAGGAACGAAAGACGAGAAGUCCACCCAGGAGGACUAGGAUCGAGCGAAGUGACAGGAGAGAGGACAGGCGUCCCGACCGCAGGCGGAGUAGAAGCCGCAGCCAUGACCGAUCGCUGCGGGGAACAAUAAACACCAUUUUGGGCGGAUUUGCGGGAGGGUCGUCGCGUCCGCAAGGAAGAGAAACCUGA